GGCUCUUUACACUGCCGCCGCCGCCGCCACCAUGGAAUCCAACAGGGACGAGGCGGAGCGUUGUAUUGGUAUCGCGGUGGCCGCCAUCAAGGCCAACCAGACGGAAAAGGCGCGUCGUUUCUUGGAGAAGGCGCAGCGCCUCUACCCGUCUCAGCGGGUUCGCGUGUUGCUUGACUCCCUCGCCAAGAGUGAGAAAUCAUCAAAUGCGCAUUCCCAGGCCAAGGAAUCUGUCAACUCCAGCCACAGGAAGAUGAGUGGUGACUUCACUUCAGUCAAUGGAGAGGCAGGUGGGGAUGCCAGUAAAGGUUACACUCCGGAUCAGGUCGAUGCGGUUAAAAGGGUGAAGCAAUGUAAAGACUAUUAUGAAAUUCUUGGUGUGAGCAGAGAUGCCUCUGAUGAAGACUUGAAGAAGGCAUACCGGAAAUUAGCACUGAAAUUUCACCCUGAUAAGAAUCAUGCACCGGGUGCAACAGAGGCCUUUAAAGCCAUUGGUAAUGCAUAUGCAGUAUUGAGUAACCCCGAGAAGAGGAAGCAGUAUGACCAGUUUGGAGAUGCAAAAGUCAGUCCCACACGACAUGGCCAUGGCCCAACAGACUUCAACCGAGGGUUUGAGGCAGACAUCUCUCCUGAAGAUCUCUUCAAUAUGUUCUUCGGUGGUGGUUUUCCUUCUAGUAACGUUCAUGUAUACAGCAAUGGCAGGAUGCGAUAUACCUACCACCAGAGGCAAGAUCGGCGAGAACAUCAAGGAGAUGGUGGCCUUGGGUUGUUUGUCCAGCUGAUGCCUAUUCUCAUCCUCAUCAUUGUGUCUGCUCUCAGCCAGAUGAUGGUCUCCAGCCCGCCUUACAGCUUGAGCCACAGACCAUCUGUUGGCCAUAUACACAAGAGAGUGACUGAGCAUUUGAAAGUAGGUUACUAUGUAGCUGACAACUUUGCAGAAGAAUAUACUGGCACAAACCUGAAAAACGUGGAAAGGAGUGUGGAAGAUGAUUAUAUUGCAAAUCUCAGAAAUAACUGCUGGAAGGAAAAACAGCAGAAGGAAGGCUUACUCUACCGGGCACGCUACUUUGGCGAUUCAGAUCUGUAUCAGAGGGCACAGAAGAUGGGCACACCAAGCUGCAGCAGACUUUCCGAGGUUCAGGCAUCAAUGCAUGGAUAGCCGUCACAGAAACAGUCCCUAGAGAUCGACGUACGAGCUGACUCUUCAGAUGCCUGAAGACUUUGGGGAAGUGCACUGAGCCAAGGAGACAGACUUUCUAUUUAAAGAAUCAGACCUUAAAUUAAAAUGGAAUUGGAGAAUUAGCAACGCACAACUGCCCUCUCCUCUCUCUCUGUCUCUGUCCAGCACUAGACUUGGAUGCCUCUUAGAAAAGAAAAAAAGACGACUCGUCUUUCCCCCCUUCCUUCGUUGUCAACUGUCAUGUCUCUUUCUUGGGAGCCAGCCAUCCUGCGAGCAAGCGUCGAGUCGUUUUAUCUUUUAAGGCCUGCAGAAAAUUAGGAAGCAGGAGAAGAGCGCCUUCCACAAUUGCACUGGUCACUUCAAAGAGGGGGGGAAAGGAUGACCUGUAGGAGUGAAGCAAAAUCAGUUUUAAAAAAGAUGACACAUUAUUUAGCAUUAACUUAUAGAUGUAAAUACAUUGUAUUUCUAAACUAUGCAGGGAUAGAAUUAAAUUAUUUGGCUGACUUUAUAACCCAGGAUGUGUGAAUUUUAGCCUUUUCUCCCCCUCCCCACCUCUCCCUUUGUCCUCUGAAACCUUUCCUACAUAAGGCAACCUUGUCUGAUGACAUAAACGUUUUGUAUUUUAAAUGUUUUUUUUCUGGAGAAAAAAAAUAGGUGUAGAAUUUGACUCACUGUCAUACCCCUAUUUUGUAUAAGGGAAUCACUAAAACCUAAAGGAAUGUUUCUACACACACUUUUUGACCCCGUGUGGAAUUUGUGGUCUUCACGUUCAACAAGGAACAUGUUCCUUGUGGAGGCGGGAGAGUGAAUCGUCUCAAUUGAUACAUAAUUCAUCAGGAUUGCUUGCCUGUUUGUAUGGAACGUUGUAUUUGUUCCCCUGUCUGCAGCCCCCGUCUUUUCUGCCUUGCAAUCAGUGUUUGCUCCUCGACAAACUGCUUCUGUUGAUUUUUUUCCAGGAACCCAUUGUCAACUGGCAUAGUCUACCAAGUAGCACUGCUGCUCUGUAUCUUCCAUCCAUUUUGGUGGGGCUUGGGUAGCCCUCCUCUUGCAGGAAAGCGAAAGGUACACAACACUUGAUGUGUCCCCUCUGCUUCCUCAAAGGAAGAGAGCCCCACUAUCAAAAGAGGUUUUGCUGCCACCUCCUUUGCUCGAGCAAGUUGAAAGAGGAAGCAGUAACAGCCCUGUUCCUCGAUUGGACUGUAUAGUCCAUUUUCCAUUAGAAGAAAUAAUUUCAACUCAUCUCCUUAGUAAUGCCCAUUCUGAUUUUGUUUUUUUAAAGCUGGUAGAGAUAAAUUACUUCUGGGAGCCAGAAGUAACUCAUUAAUGCUCACAGUUCUGAUAAACCUAAUUGUCCUAAAUUAGUGGUAUUACACAGGUACAAGGGAGCUAAGACCUGCCCUGGCACCCGCAAGGAAUCCUCUGUUCCUGUCAAUGGAGGAAACCUGUCUUGUCCUGCAUGCAUGGAUCUGUGACCACGACAGCAGUAAAUCAGUGCUCUGGAUUGGGGCAGAUUCAUCCUGUUAAGAAAAAAUUUAAGCCGAGUAAGCUGCAUUACCAUCCACGCACACUGAAUUCUUCUAUACGUUGCUGUUUAUUUCGUCCAGAGAUGUUUUCUAUACAGUGUUUUCAGACUUCCUUUUGGAGGUUUCCUUGUUCAGAAUCACACACUGACUAUGCAGUGUGUGUUCCUCAAGCGGUCAGUGAGGAACAGAAGACAAUGUUCUUUGACUUAGCCGGUUCCUUUGGAAUCCACAAACUGGAUGUUAAUUUAAUAUUAAGUCACUGAGCCUGCCUUUCCGUCAGUCUUGUUACCUGUCCUAAGUCGACCCACACGGAAGGGCAAAUGCACUCCGUGUGUACUAACCCUCCCACAAGACGCUCUACUUGCUCCCACAGUGUCUUGCCAGGGCAGGCAUGGGCUACGUAGCCCUGUUAACUAAACAGCAGCGGCCCCUUGAGCUGCGGCUGUGUCCAGAGGGCCAGCUGUGGAACGGCUCAGUGCGAAGCUGCUUUGACAUCUCAAUAAAAUGGCAUCGGCAGUCCCAGCGCUGCCCUGUCCAGACCUUUCGAUUUCUUCAAUAGCUAGCCAUGGAUGGAAUGAGCGAUGUGCAAUAAGAAGCAUAGAGCCUGGAAGUUAUUUGCAAAGGGUGUAUUUCUUAAUUUAGAAUGAAUUAUACAGUUGUACAUCUAUAAAUAAAGAUUUAUAACAUGAAAA